AUGUUUUGUCAGAAGAUCAAGUUUCCUGUGGAGAUCUCGGUCGAGGAAGUAAAGGGUGACCAAUUAACCUCCUACCGGUGCUACAUUGAAAUGGUAAAGAUGGAGGCACAUGCCACUCGGAAAGCACAGCGGUUGGAGGUGAAUGCAAUCCUUGAAGAGCCUCCCACCCUUGUCUAUGAAGAAAAGGAAGAAGUUCAGGUGCAUCCCACCCGACUGGAGACCACAACUUUUAUAGUGACUGAUCUAAGCGUGGAGAAGAAGGUGGAGCUGGUCGCCUAUCUAAGGAAAAACCAUGAUGUGUUUGCAUGGGUGACUCACGAGCUCUUGGUCUCCAAGACAGACAACAAAUGGAGGGUCUGCAUUCACUUCCACAAUCUGAACAAGGCUUUCCCAAAGGACUACUUUCUACUGCCACAUAUUGACCAGAUGGUGGAUUUCACGAGCAACUGCGAGCUGAUCUACAUACUGGACCAAUUUAAUUUAUUCGGUUCUUUAUUAAUCUCACUCUUCUCGCUGAGAGGAUGUUCUAAUUACGCAUCCUUGACUAGGUUUGGCGGACCAGAGGAUCCCAUCCCGGUUUGGGGUUCCUUUUUUAUCUUUCCCCUUUUCUCCGCCUCGACUCUCGAUCGUCGGCGCACUGUAAGUUCCAUCGCACCUCGCCGAGUUCGUUGCUUUCGCUUCUGGGGUUGCCCUGAAAUUAUACUGAUUGAGGAUGAUGAUGAUGAUGAUGGCAUUGAAAUCUACCCUUCUGAGCUUCGAGAUCAGUUAUUUAGGUCCCCACUGUAUUCAAGUCACUGGGAAUCUUUAAUUGGUGGAGAGGAUUUGGAGCUUCGUCUUGGAAUUGGAGCUUAUGGAGAUUUGAACUCUAAUAGAUGGGACACCAAAGUCGAAAACCCAAAUGCACAGAAAUCCAGGAAGGCAUUAAGCAGCCAAUACCCAUUUGGUAACGAAGAGGUAAAGUUGCGAUGUUCUAUAUGCAUGGACACAAUGAAGGAGGAGACAUCCACCACUUGUGGCCACAUUUUUUGCAACAGUUGCAUCACCAAUGCCAUUCACGUGCAGCGGAAAUGCCCAACCUGCCGGCUGAGUCUCUCUAUGAGCAAUAUUCACCGAAUAUACCUCCCAGGAGCAAGUUCUUAACAAAGACCGAGUGGAUUACUUAACAUCUCAAUUGAGCGUACCGCUUUGGAUCACUUUGAGACUUCUUCUAUGAGCUAGCUCCUUAGACGAUUUUGACCAUCUUCAUUGGCCCCGUAGAAGGGCUUUGUGCAUGAUGGAUUGGAAGCUGUAACGUGAGAGUAAUUGUGUAUGUUUUGUGAAUGAGAAGGCGUUAGGCGAGUUGUGGUUUGUUUGAACUCGACUGUAAUAAGAACCUUGAUCACUGAUUGAUCUUAUCCUUGAAAGAGCCUUGAACUGGAUUGUUGAACGUUCUAAACUGUAUGUAAUGAGCCAAGCUUGAUGAGAUUGACUGUUGGAGGCACUGUUCUAUUAUAUGGUGUCAGAUCC